AUGGCGUUGAACUUCUCGGGAUCGGUGUUUUCUAACCAGACAAAUACGUCAGAGGAGGCGGAGGAACUUUAUGCCCAGCUGCUUGCCUUUGCGCGCGUGGCAAUGGUACCGACGUCUUUCAUAGGCCUCGUUGGAAAUAUCUUGAACCUGAUCAUUCUGAACAGAGCUGCUGUGAAAGACUUGUCUGUCUCAGUCUACCUGACCGGGUUAGCCAUUGGAGACCUGCUGUACUGUUUGGACAUUUUCCGUUGGUACCUUGAGUGGUCCGGGAUCCUACCACAGCAUUAUAACUACGACAUGUACUGUAAAACAAUGAACUUUAUUGGCUAUUUUUCGACGGGUUUGUCGCAUUGGAUGAUAUUCUGCGUGUCUUUGGAGAGAAUGAUUAUGGUGACCUUCCCUUUCAAAGCGAAGUCGUUAUGUACGGUGCCCAAGGCGCGCGCGGUCGUCUGUUUUUUCGCCCUAACAAUGGCGUCUUGUGUCUCCAUCAACUUUGUUUUCGUUACACAGAUUCACGGAGUUGACGACACUUGGAUAUGCUGGACUAGAAAUGAAGACACUUUAGGAAAUUUGCUGUUUAAUAUCUUCCGACUCAUCUUCGAAUUGCCACCUGUGGUUUUCGUCCUCGUGCUCAACUUUGUCACCAUUGUGUUUUUCUUUCGAAGCAGAGCCAAGUCGACGUUAGCGUCCAGUUCUAUGAAAGUCUCCCACAGAACCACGGAUUAUGAAAGGAAACUCACAGUAACCCUCACGGCUACUGGACUUGUCUUCGUAAUUCUAGAGCUACCUUAUCUGAUAAUGCUGCUGCUUACGCAUCUCUAUGGCAACGGCCCAAAACUGAUCGCAGUUUCAAAUAUCUGCAAGCUUCUCAGCGGCAUCGACCAUGCUUGUAACUUCUUUAUAUACAUCCUAGGAGCGCCCCUGAUGAGGAGGGAGUUUACCGCAAUGAUGCGGAAGAUUUGUCCCAAACGCCAAGACGAGGCUACGUCUCCUCCGGUGGCCAAGUUGAGUCAGGCGUCGCCCAGCCGACCAUCACCGUCCAGUGACGGUCAAGAAAACGAUAGCACAGAUAUGACGCUUUAUUCCAUCACACCGAUUCCUUAGAAUGUGUAAUGAUAUAUUACUACAUUAUUUAUGGUUGU